AUGGCGUAUGGCUUCCAACCCAAUUCUUUAUGGUGUAUGGCUUCCAACCCCACUCUCUAUCUUUUAUCAAAAGACAUGCUGAUCAGUGAAACUUUCAUGAAAUGGAAGUCAAAUAUCAACAUAGUGUUGAUCGGCAACAACUCAAAAUUUGUGGUGACUGAAAAUGAACCAGAUUUUUCCAGAAAGAACGCCACGAAGGCCGUGAGGAAAAAAUGUGAACGUUGGACUGCCGCCAACAACAAGGCCAAGGCGUACAUGCUUGGCAACAUGUCAAAAAUGCUAAGGACCAAGAUGGAGGAUGUCGAAACUGCUUACGACAUCAUGGAACAACUCCAAGAAAUGUUUGGGCACAAGCCUGAUCACCCUCGUUUUGAGGCUACCAAGAAGUAUGUGAAUCAUAGGAUGGCACCUGGCCAACAUGUUCAUGAUCAUUCGAAUAAGAUGAAGAACUACUUCAAGAAUCUAAGUUACAUGGAGCGACACUAG